UCUACCUACAUACAUCUAUCAUCCCUGGCGCUCCGGGUGUCUUAAUGUCUUAACCGCAUUCCUUCUAUUGUUGCGACAUCGUGAAUUGCUUUUUCUAUUUCUUCCAACUUAAUUCACUUUACUCGAAUUCACCCAACUACUCGUCAGCCCCCAAGCUUUCAACUCUUUUAACUUAAUAAAUAUAAUAGACCCGACGCAACUGAGUUAACACCUCUCUAACACCGAUUUGCUGUCAGCUCGAGCUUCUAUUCUGCCAUUCUGCCAUUUAGAUAUCGCUAUCUGGCUCUCCCACUACCUAGGGUUGCCCGCCUUCAAUUCCUACCCAUAUGACGACGACAAUGCGGCCCUAUACAUGAGUUCUCUCCUCCAAUUGGAAGGAGUGCCAUCAUGCCGUCUGAAGGGGGAUUAAGCAAUAUUCGAGUCUUCAUAACCUGGGAUGACCAGACAGUUUUCGCUGGCGAGGAUAUCAAGUGUCAUAUAACUUUCAAGAAUAUAGCUCCUGGUCUAAAUCAAUCACUAUCAACUCAACACCAGACACAGUACUCCCUUACCGAACGAUCGAGACAACCCUCGCCUCUACUAAGUCCAAGAUCGAAGCCCAAUAAUGGAUUGACACCUCCUGCGCCUACACGAGGGCACCGUUCUACUUUAUCUCUCACCGUUCCUUCGAACAGUUCGCGCUUAAGAGGACCACCUCAACAGUGGACCCCUCCACAGCAACAACCCCCGCCGCAACGACCCGGCCAUGCCCAUCAGCGGUCCCUUUCUAUAGUAUCGAUAGGAUCGGCCGCUACGAUAGAAGAGCAGUCUCAUGGAAAUAUAUCUCCUGCACGGCACCAACGGCCUUCCCGUGGUCAUGGAAGGUCUGCUAGUUUACAGAUAUCACCGAGGGGCGGGUUGAUGAACGGUCCACAGUCAGCUGCACUGCCGAGACGACCCUUUGGCUCGGAAUCUUCGCCAGUAUUUAAUCACUCUUUCCCCCCGUCUAAGCAUGGCUUUAGUCGUGCGUCAGGAGUCACGACUGUCCCAAAUACGCCCGGUGUUAUGGGUUCACAUCUGCCUAAGAGGAGCCCGGGCAUAAUUCCAGAUUUCAAAUUUCCUAUGAUACCCUCCCCAAAACCGACAGAAACUGGUUCCAUCUCGCCCACAACGCAACCAGUGGAUUACUUGACCGCACCGUUGUCAGCAGCGAGCGGAGGUAUCACCCUUCCCGUGCGUUCAAAAGACUCGAUACCUACCAUCACCGAACAAGCCGCCCCUGUGGCGCGAAUACUAUCUACGACGAGCAUUGCUGGUGGGACUCCUAGGAGUAGUGGCGAGUUCUAUUCACUUAGCAACAACUCGUCUGAGACGCUGGCAUCGGAGUAUGUGACGCAACCGUUGCAUCCUGGACGUAGACCUGCUCAUCUACGGCGACCUUCUGCUCUAUCGAGUAUCAGCCACGUGCGGCUUCCGGAAUCGUUGAUGAUGGGCUUUGCUCAAGUUCAAGGUUCCUUCACUCUCGACGGAUCGCUUAUUAAUCUUGGGCCAUUCGAAGCAGUUAAACGAAAAGCUGUCCUAGGGGGACAGGGAGGCGGUGUUAUUGGCAUUGAGAAUUCGAGAAGGAGUAGCGGUGGUCUACUAACUGGUUUUGGCUGGAGUAGUCUCGGAAGCUCUAUCGGGGAGCUUCUGGGCGGUGGAGAACUCAGCAGCAUUAAGCAGAUGCGAGGUGUUACGAGCUCCAAAUCCAUCCCGCUACUAUCAACGCCGCAAUCGAUCUUAUUCGUAGAUUUACAACUAGCCCCUGGUGAGAGCAAGACUUAUGAGUACACGUUCAAACUACCGAAAGGACUACCCCCAACACACCGAGGGAAAGCGAUGAAGAUAUCGUAUAGCUUAGUAAUUGGCACCCAGAGGCCUGGCGGUACUAAAGAACAGCAGGUACGAUCAGUCGAAGUUCCGUUCCGCGUUCUUGGGAGCGUCAAUAGCCACGGUGAGAUUCUUGGCCAUGAUCUACUUAACCCGUACAUAAUCCUUCGCGACAUGGCGAAAGUGCAGCCGCUUGACAAACCCCCUAUUCAUACGAAGAGGGGUAAGCUGGAGCAGCCGGAGUCGACGUAUAAUGGAUUUCUCCAUUACGUCGAUGAACUCCUCGAACGACCUCGUCGGGGCCUUGGGCUUCUGUCUCCAACUGCCACAGCCCCCCAAUCCCGUCGCGCCUCUGCUUAUGAAGAGUCGUCUUCAGCAAAGGAUGCGAUAGACUUUGCUAUUCUUAGAUCAAACCUCUCCUCCGAGUCGGGGCAGAGCAGUAAUCGCUUCGAGAUAGCCCGGAAUGGCCGACGUGUUGGUGUUGUGAUGCUUGCGCGCCCUGCUUACAAGCUCGGGGAGUCGGUAAGUAUGGCAAUCGACUUCACCGGAGCUGAGAUUCCCUGCUACGCCAUCCACGCGGCCCUCGAGACCGCCGAGCGCGUCGAGCCAACGCUCGCACUACGCAGCGAGGCUAGUGUACAUAGGGUUACCCGAAAAGUAUACGGCAGCUCAAGCGAAGCGACGCUGUUCGCGCGGCGCGUCGUGUUCAACCCCACGAUACCCAUCGGCGCAACCCCCGAGUUCGUCACCAGCGGUUUGAGCCUCGAAUGGAAGAUUAGAAUCGAGUUCGUCGUCCCCUCUUCAAACAAAGACCGGGACUUAGAUUUCGGGGAGGGCGACGGCUCGCACCCCUUACUAGAGGAGAUCUCGCGCGAUGACCGUGGUGGUCUCGUUCUGGUCGCCGCGGAGACGCUCGACUGCGAGAGCUUCGAGGUUGCGGUCCCGCUGAGGGUCUACGGUGCCGUGUGUAAUGGCCUCGAGCGGCUGGAAAGGGACCAGGCGCAGGAGGAAGGGCUUACGGUGUAAUUUAUCAUUUACCGAAUGAGUAUUACACGAGACGAAGGGAAAGAAAUGGUUGGUGGCAUCGAGCCGUAUUGUAUGUAUGUAUGUAGGUAUGUAUACAACUGCGCGCAUGCCGGUCUAGUGUAUGGAUUAGAAAAAGCAGAACGAGCAAAGCAAGACGAGAGGGGGGGGAUGGAAGGUACUGUAACGAGUCGAGAGAAUUAUAGGAUAAGUGAGGACGAGAUGAAAAAUAAUGAAGAGCAUGUUCUUACGAACUUUGGCUUUUUCGAAGAACGAAUGGUCUGGUCCGAGUUGGGUAUAGAUGAGAUGAGAUGAGAUGAGAUGAGAUGAG